AUGCUUCCUACAACGUUAGCUUCGAUUCCAGAAGCCAAGGAAGAAUAUAUUGGAUCAUCUUUAAUUGAAAGAACCAGUAGGUUACAUAGUUUUUAUGAUUUAGGACCUGCUGAUUUAUGUAAUAUUCAUAAACAAUCUGCCAGUUCAAAAAGUGAAAUGGGUACCUUUUUGUAUUUCACAGGGGUAGAUACCUCCAAUAGUGCCUCAAUUGCAGCUCACUUGCAAAAAUUGGCCAAUUUAAUCACUUCAAAAUCUCAAUAUUGGUUUGGGGAAAAGAAACAUUGGAAAGUCCCUGAUUUAACUUAUUGUAGUUACAAUGCAUUUUCUAAAGUUGAUAUGAGAGUAACUGUUCAUAUUCCAGGUAAAUUUGAAAAUCAAAUCAUAAAUAAUGAUGGUAAAAUCUUAAACGAUAAAACCAGUCAAGAUGAAAUAAAUAGAUUUUGGUUAGAAACUUUCAUAAGUUCAAUAACAAGAUGUUUGAUUGACAGCGAUGAUGAUGAAAGUAACAAAAUGGGAGGAUUGGUAGAAGUCAGAAAAGAAAAUCCGUUUGUUGAUAACAAGACAUUAUUGGAUAGUUAUUUAAGUGGAUUUGAACAACUUUUCUUUGAUGGACAUAAAUUGGGAUGUGAUUUAGAAAUUCCUCAACCAACAACAAUUUCUAAUUACUUAGUCGAUGGGUUCAUGAAAUGUAUUGAAAUCACUCAAUCGUUCGAUAAAGGUUUGGAGAUAUUGAAAAGAAUUGAAAAAGUUGAACCUUCAGUUGUAACAUUAAUCGCCAAAAUUUAUUUAUUGAAAGAUGAAGAAAUCAAAGCUGUUCAAAUUAUGAAUGAAGGAGUUUUGCAAAAUGAAAGAAACUCGGAUUUAUUAUUAUUACAAGCAGACUUUUGUAUUUCAAAGAAAAGAUAUGAUAUUGCUUUACAUUUGGCUAAACAAGCUGUUAAAUCAUCACCUGCUGAUUUCAAAACCUGGUCAAUGUUGGUCAAAGUUUACACCAAAUUGAAUGAUUUCGAAAUUGCCUUGUUAACAUUGAAUUCAUGUCCCAUGAACUCUCAUAAGGAGAAAUUCACAUUGAAGAGAAUUGUACCUUUAAGAAGUGGUAAUGACGAUUUACAUUUACCUUCACCAACCGAUGUAGUUUUAGACGAAGUUUCCAAUUUACAAAGUAAUGAAAUAUCAUUUGAGCAAAGAAAUUUAGAUCCUCAGUUAUCAAAUUUACCUGCUUCCAACUUAAAAUCAACAUUUUCAAAAGCUUAUGAUUUAUUGACAGAAAUUGUGGUUAAAACUGGUUGGGAAAGUUUAUUAAAAUAUAGAGCAAAAGUUUUCGUUAUGGAAGAAGAAUAUAGAAAAGAUAAAGCAACUAGUAGUUCAACUGUUGAUGACAAAGAUGAUGCUAAUAAUGAUAAUAAUGAUCCAACUACCCCUACCACUGAUAAUGCUUCAACCAUAGCUGUGAAAUCACCUAAGAAAGAAGAUGACAAAGAAUUCAGAAAGAAAAGAUUAUGUGAAAGAUGGUUGGAUAAUCUUUUCAUGUUAUUAUAUGAAGAUUUAAGAGCAUAUACUAUGUGGCAAGCUGAAUUUGUUCAUUUCCAAGCUCAACAAAUGGAAUAUAAAAAGACUACUUUAGAAUGGGAGAUCUUAGGUUUGAUAGCCAUGAGAUUGAAACAUUUCAAAGAAGCUUCAAUUGCUUUCCAAAAUGCUUUAAGUGGUAGAUUCUCUGCUCGAUCAACAAGAGAAAUGUUGAAGUAUUAUCAAAUGGAAAGGUCAAAACUUAUAUUAAAGAAUUCUACUUCAAGUACUACUAAUAAUAAUUAUCUGAAAAUGAUAAAUCAAUUGAAUGAAAAGAUCUUAGAAUGCUGUAUCAAAUUAUUAGUUUGGAACCAUAGAUGGUAUUGUGAUUUUAGUUAUUCAUUAAUUACUAUUGUUGAAGAUUUAGUUCUGAAAGAUGGUAUGAUAAAAGUUCAAUCAUUGAUCCAAGCUGUUUAUUCGAACAGUUUGGAUAAUAAUGAAAAUCUGAACCAUGGUAUAAUUGAUUUGAUGAAUGGUAUUUACAAAUUCCUCAAACUUUAUAAUGUCAAUGGUGUUGAUAAUUAA